AUGGGGCCACAAGCAAAACGGCGAAAGACGAGCAAAGUCGAAGAAAUCACCUUCGAUCAUUCUGCCCGCCAUGAAUUCCUCACAGGCUUUCGCAAGCGAAAGCAACAACGAAUUAAGCAUGCGCAAGAAGUUGCAGAGCAGAAGGCUAGAGAGAUGAAGAGAGAAGAACGGAAACGAAUUCGGGAGGAGCGAGAAGCAGAGUUUCAAAACGCUCUCGAGGAGCAUCAGAAUCAACUAAAGAGACUUAGGCAAGAAGAAGAUGGAGCAAGUUCAGGCUCGGAUUCAGAAAGUGACGGCGAAGAUAAUGAGGAGUGGGAAGGGUUUGAAGAGCCACCUGCAGUGGACUACGAAGCGGAAUACAUUGAUGAAGACAAGUAUACCACGGUGACAGUAGAAGAGAUGGAUGCUUCUAGGGAGGGCUUGCUACGAUCACAGGAGCAUAGUUCGGACGAAGAGCAAGGUGAAGAGAAAUCGACAUCCGAAGCGAAUUCCAAUCCGAAACCGGUAGAAAAGCCCAAGAAGGCAUCGGACAAACCCAAAAAGAAGAAAAAGAAGUUCCGGUACGAAAGCAAGGCGGAACGCCAGCUCACUCGCAAGAAAGAACGCCUUUCAAACAGCAGGAAAGCGAAGGCAAGAAGAGAACGGUAG